UUGCAAGAGACAUACGUUGGACAAAUUGGUUAGGUGAAGUUACAGUGAAAUCAGACCUUUAGCUGCUUGCAGUCGCUGAUUAAUACCAACCGGAACCGGGACAGUUGGAAAAAAAUAUGUGCCCCGAGCGGGAAUCGAACCCGGGGCUUCCUGCUUCAAUUGAUUAGGUUUCAUAACUUUGGAAACGGAAGAAAUUCUUUGUGGAAGAAGGAAAUAUUUUAUAAUAAAAUUUUCGCGUAGGGAAUUGCUGUGUUCAUGUAUAUUUAAAUCAUUACAGCGCAUGCGUUCAUUCUCCCAAAUUCUGUAGUAUGGUGGUGAAGUUGAUUUCAGCUUGUGGAGCGUAGGUAUCUCCAUCUGAAAUAUGUUACGUCAAUUAAUCAAGGACUUUCACCUCUGUCAUUUAUAAGAUAAAAAAGAUUACAAUGAUACUCAAAGUUUGACUUGGGAUCCACAGUACAAUGAGGAGCACUUUUUGAUGGGAUGACUGGUCGUGAGGAGAAUGGCUCUCAAAGGACUUCAUGUUGUUGAGCUGGCUGGUCUUGCUCCAGCGCCAUUCUGUGGUAUGAUUCUGGCCGAAUUUGGAGCUACAGUUGUCAGAAUAGAUAAGGUCAGUGAUGGAAAUGUAUUUGAUUGCAUAGCAAAUGGAAAGAAGUCAGUAGCAAUUGACAUAACUCAUCCUAAAGGAGCAGCAAUUUUCAGACACUUAUGCAAAACUGCAGAUGUUCUGGUAGAACCAUAUAGAAAAGGUGUGAUGGAAAAGUUGGGACUUGGACCAGAAAUACUGCUUGCUGAAAAUCCUUCCUUGAUAUAUGCCAGACUUACAGGAUAUGGUCAGAGUGGCACCUAUUGUGAAAAAGCAGGACAUGACCUAAAUUAUGUGGCAAUGAGUGGAUUAUUGCCAUUUCUCGGCAGGAAAAAUGAGAAACCAACACCACCACUCAAUUUACUUGCUGAUUUUGGAGGCGGUGGCCUGAUGUGUGCUUUGGGUAUUGUAAUGGCAUUGUUGGAAAGAUCUAAAUCCGGAAAGGGACAAGUUAUUGAUGCAAGUAUGGUAGAGGGUGCAGCAUACUUGGGUAGUUGGAUUUUCCGUUCCCAGCAUUUGCCUUUCUGGGGGAAUUCCCGAGGAGAAAAUCUGUUAGACACUGGUGUACAUUUUUAUGAAGUAUAUGAAACAAAAGAUGGAAAGUACAUGGCUGUUGGUGCUAUAGAAAGUAAGUUCUAUGAUGAACUAAUCAAAGGAUUAGGUUUGUCUAGUGAAGAAUGCCCACAUAUUGGUGAUUUCAAUGAAGCAAAACUGAUUUUUCAAGAAAAAUUCCUUCAGAAAACACAGAAAGAAUGGGUUAAAAUAUUUGAUAGCCUUGAUGCUUGUGUCACGCCAGUCUUAUCACUCGAAGAUGUUGUCACACAUCCACAUAAUGCAAGCAGAAAGGCAUUCAUUAGCCCUGCAGAUUCUCAAGUACCCGUUCCUUCACCUGCACCACGGCUUCUCAGAACACCAGCGAUUUCCUUGGCAUCACAGCCUCAACCAAAACAUGGACAGCACACUGUGGAAAUACUUCAGAGCCUCAAUUACAGUUCUGAUGAAAUUAUGUCUCUACAUAAAAAUGGAAUUGUUAAAUGUGACAUGGGAAGAUCUAGGAUAUAAUUAAAAAAAAAAAAAAAA